UUCUUUAUUUCAUAGAAAGGAAACGAAGGAUUUUGAUUGGUACAUUUUCGUAUACAUGUUAUACGUUAUGCAAGAGUGCGUUUCCUGCUAUAAAAUAUUGGAAAUCUCACGUUGCUAUCUCAGUAUAAAGUGUACAUCUUACUGUUGAAGACGUAUAGAUACGAAAAGUCAAUUAAAAGCCUUAUUAGACUACUAGAUUGUUAACUACAACUGCUGCAAAGAUGGAGAUGAAGGUCUUGCAGCUGCAUGAGUUGUUGCACGUACUGGCCUGGUUAGAGGGCACGUGGAUAACGGAUGAGCCUGCAAUGGGCAUGUACCCGACCAUCAAGCCUUUCAAUUACUACGAUCAGAUAAACAUUACGUCCAUAGGUCAGCCGAUGUUCAAUUACAUCGCGCAGAGCUGGCAUCCGGAUUCAGGAAUACCGAUGCAUCGAGAGAACGGCUUCCUACAGAUCUUACCAGGAACUAAUAAGGUCGUACUUAGUCUAAUUGGUAACAUAGGAGCGUUUACGGUCGAACAGGGUGAUCUAAUGAGCAAUGAUAACAAUACCCUCGACUUAAACAGCAACAAUAUACUGCUAACAGAUGCAACGGUACCAACUUUCUCGCCUUUAACAAAGACUCGUCGAGUGUAUAAACGCAAUGGCGACAACUUGGAGCUUAUUUUCUACAUGGCGACAGCGAAAACACCUGAGUUGACGGAACAUUUGCGUGCAAAGUAUAGAAAGGUGAAUCAACUAACUGGAAGGUAGGAAGUCGGGGCACACGAUAGGAGAAAAUUUGCAACUGGCACGCGACGUGACCGCAUAGAGUACUGCGCCACAGAUUGCAUCUUUAAGCAUAUCCUUUCA